ACAGUUUUACAAACACAGCAGAAAAGCUUGAGCUCGCGUUCUCGAUGAUGGUGUAUUAAAUAACAUGCAAUUAUAGUAACAUUCGAAAUUCUUUGGUGAUUUCAUUGGUGUUUCACCUGUAUUGCACAAUAUUUGGUCACCAAUGUAUGACGAUGAACAUCUGAUUUUGGAGCAAGUUCACACAUACUACGAAGCAACACGUGCGCGUAGACAAAAAAGGUUUCGCGUAAUCCGAAUCACGCGACAAACGUGUGAAUGAACUAGGCCGAACCAAAAUGAUUUGUAUCACAUCGUAUUUUUACACAUUUCGCUACCCCUGAAUGAAUCUGAAUUUUGUUCCAGAAUACCAACUGCACAAUUAGUGAAAAUGAGUAUCUCAACUUUAAGAAAUGUAUUUAAGAAUCAUCCAAUUUUGAAGGGUAUGGUAACGUACAGUAUUAUAUGGCCAACGGGAAGUCUUAUCCAGCAGACCAUGGAAGGGAAGAAUUGGAGAACGUACAACUAUCAGCAAUGUUUGAACUUUGCAAUUUUUGGAACAUUCUACGUAGCCCCCACAUUGUACGGAUGGGUGAAAAUAUCAAGUCAGAUGUGGCCGGUUAUGAAUUUGAAAAUGGGCCUGACUAAAGCAAUAGUAGAACAGUUCAGUUAUGGCCCUUUUGCCGGCGUGAGUUUCUUUUUUGGCAUGAGUUUACUCGAACGAAAAACGUUUGACCAAGCUGUUCAGGAAGUUAGGACAAAAUUUCCGGAUACAUAUAAAGUUGGAAUUUGUGUUUGGCCAGUUAUCCAAACGAUAAAUUUCGCAUUAAUACCGGAGCACAAUCGAGUUCCGUUCGUAAGCAUAUGCAGUUUGUUGUGGACAACAUUUUUAGCAUAUAUGAAGCAACGAACAGAUAACAUACCGCAAUCUUCUCCAGCAACGAUUACCAUCAACCCGGUGACAACUGUUCAAUAAGCAAUGGCAGCGCUCGAAUGCUGCCUCGAUGUCCAAAGAAAGAAUGUUCUGUGUUUUAAGACGAUAACGAUGAAAUCAUAUUUAUGAAUAUUUUACAGUUCAAACCACCGUUAGAAAAAUGUAUCUGUUAUG